AUGCUGGCCUGUUGUUUGGUGAUAUCUUUCCUUCAUCGUCUUCCGAGUUGCUCGACGAGCGACAUGGAGUGCUGCUCCGAGGACGUGGAGGUGACUCUCACGUCGGACCAACUGCUCGUUGGUCGCGAGCGGCUGAGUGACUCAUGUGUGCCGAAGCGUCGAUCUCGAAUAAAGCCAGGGAAUUGCAGAUGCUCUACUCUUGUCUAUUGCUUCUUAAUGACGUUAGCAGCCUAUGCAAAGAAAGUGUCGACACUCUCUAUGAGCCAGCUCCUGCCAUCCUUAUGUUGA